CACACUCACACCUCACAAAGCCUGAUAGCCUUCCCUUCCACUUUGCUUCUUUAUCUUUGUUUUCCUUUCCUCCUAUAAAUACUCCUCAGUUCAUUCCCACGGUUUAUUUCUCUCAACAAUCUAUAACGAUCCCUACCCACGAAGGACGCCAAGGAACUUUGAAGAUAUUAGUAUCAGAGGGGCACAUCAGCUUUUUUUCAAUUGAACAUUGCGUGAAUUGCAGGGAGGGAGGGAAGGAGCAUUUGAGGCAAAGAGAGUGGUGGACAUCCAUCCCGAGUCCAGACAUGAGUCUAGCAUGUCUUGUGUGCCAUAGCGUAGAAAGCCCAUCUCAUUCAUUUAGGAGUUACUCGGUCUCAAGUUCAGACAAUGAAGGAAGAUGCUCUGCAAUUGCCAACUGCCUGGCCAGGAGGGCAUCUCUUCCAGCCCCAACAGCAAACUCCUCGAUCAUACGGUCAUCCAAAGUGACACCGCACCCAUCCAUCCCAAACAGUAGCGGCAUUCCAGGGACGCCAAGGCUGGUCCGGAGCUGUGCAGUGAGAAGGGACAUUGUGAGGGACUGGAAUUUCGAGGAGGUAGUGAUGGAGCAUUAGUAUUUUACUAGUAGCAAGUAUGAAAUAUAGCUAGCUGCUUUGUUUUGGGUGCAACUGGACCCUCAACUUCUUCUCUGUACAAGAAGAGUUUGAGCCUCUGCCUCUGCAAUCAUCCCAGACAAAAAUCCAAUGUGAAACUUUGUUCAUAUUUUGGCUAAUCGCAUUCCCUUCUAUAA